AAUGGAGACACUACCAUCUUGGGAUUUCGUUAUCAAAUUGAAGAAGUUUCCAUUGUUCAAUUUACAAAAAGCGGUGUGCAACCAUGGGUUUUUCAUGAUGGCUCCCAACCAUUGGGAGCCGUCCACUAAAAGCCUUUUCCGUCCUCUGCGAUUGGCAGAUUCCGUCACAUCUGCUAUGACUUUCGUUUCACAACCUCCUGGAGGGGAUCAUCUUGUCGUUAAGGUUUAUGGUGCAAGUGUUCUUUCACUUAAGGAUGAGCGAGCCAUCCUGUCUCAGGUGAAGAGAAUGCUGAGACUCUCUGAUAAGGAUGAACAAGAUGUGGGAUGUUUUCAUAAGAUUCAUCCAGAUGCUGAGGCCAAAGGAUUUGGUCGGUUGUUUCGAUCACCAACCUUAUUUGAAGAUGUGGCCAAGUCUCUUCUUCUUCGCUUUUGCCCGUGGAAGACAUCUUUGGAUCUGGCAAAGGCUCUUUGUGAUCUACAACUUAAAAAAGUCAUGUCCAAAAGAAAGAGAACUAAUAUUACACCUAUUGGAGACUUUCCGAGUCCAGAAGAAUUAGCAAGUUUUAGAGAGGAAGAGCUAAAAGGCAAAGCGAAAUUUGGAUAUAGAGCAGCGGACUUGAUUAUCUUGGCUAAACAAGUUGUUGAUGGAAAAAUUAAUCUGUCUAAUAUUGAAAAAGACGACAUUGGUGAUAUACCAAGUGCAAGGUUUAAGCUGAAGAUAAAUGGUGCUGGUCCUUUCACCAUUGAUACUAUCAUGAUGUGUGCUGGAAUCUAUGAUAAUAUUCCAAUUGACAGCGAAACGGUGCGUCAUAUGAAAGAGCUUCAUGGACUUAAUCUGAGAAAGCGAAAAAAGGGAUCGAUUAGUCUCCGGAAAAAGGACAAACUACAACAAUUCUACAAGCUUUAUCAUCCAUUUCAGUGUUUGGCUUACUGGUUUGAACUUGCCAACUCUUAUGAAAUAAAACUUGGCAAGACAUUAAAUGUGUUAUUACCAUCAGAAUAUCAUCAUGCCACCGGAAACUAUGAAAAGAAGAACAAGAAGUAUUAAGGUAUGUAACAUUAUGGCCGUGUAGGUUUUAGCAGUUUCAAAUCUGAAUUAGCAGUACUAGCUUGCUAGAAUCAUGUAUGAAUGGCAGUCAUUAUUACUAGCUCUGUGAGUUGGAAAUUGGGAAAUUGUAAAUCUAUAUGUUUUUUUUAUUUUUUAUAAUAAAGAAUUUUAUUAUCAA